CUGCAGUGUUGGAGUCGGUGUCGAGUUGUCUGUUUGUAUUUUUAAAUUUCUGGUAUUAACAGAAAAUAAUGAGUAAUUCAGAAGGGAAGGUAUUAAACUUCGAUCAUCUUGUAUUUUGGGUGGCAAAUGCGAAGACGGCGUCCAGUUACUUCAUUACGAGGUUUGGUUUCAAACCUAUGGCUGUACGAGACCCGACUGAAGAAAGACAGAUAUUAUCCUAUGCAGUGAAACUCAAUAAAGUCAUAAUCGUAUUCGAAUCACCAACUACUGUUGGCGGCGAGAUUGCCAAAGAUUUGACAGCUCAUGGUGACUUCGUGAAGGAUGUAGCCUUCGAGGUUCAGAACUUAGAGGAACUGGUACGCAGAGCUAAGAAGGGAGGCGCAGAAGUUGUCAAGGAUAUCAGUGUAUUGAAAGAUAAAAACGGGUCAAUACGCUAUGCUGUUUUAAGAACGUACGGUGACAACACGCAUACAUUGAUUGAUCGGACCAAAUAUACAGGAAUCUUUCUACCUGGAUACAAUACAUUGGAAAAUGAUGCAAUUAGUGAAUUGCUGCCCGAUACCAAUCUGUUGUACAUCGAUCAUGUAGAAGGGAAUAUGGCUGAUGGUACUCUUGAGGAGUCCGCUUCGUGGUACGAGACAAACCUCAACAUGCACAGAUUCUGGUGUGUAGACUACAGUCAUGACUUGGUACCUUAUUCUUGUAUCAACUCAGCAUCUGUCAUCAAUCAAGAUGAAACUGUAUUGCUGUCAAUGAACGAAGCGGCAAAAGGCCUGCGUCCUACCAGCAAGGCAAGCGAGUUUGUCAAAGCAUUGGGCUCUUCAGGGGUGGAGCAUGUUGCUUUGUAUACAGACGACAUCGUGUCCACGAUGCAGAACUUGAAAGCACGUGGUGCUGAUAUCCUAACCUGGCCUCCGACUUACUACGACCUCAUCAGGGAGAAGCUGAAAGACAGUCCCAUCAGGGUAACAGAGGGCAUCGAUGCGCUCCAGGCUAACAAUAUCCUGAUAGACUUCGACGAGAGGGGGUAUAUGCUGCAAGCGUUCACUAAACAUCUGCAAGCACGACCUACGCUGUUCAUUGAGAUAUUACAGAGAAGAAACCACAGGGGUUUUGGCGCUAUGAAUUACAAGUGGGUUUUCGAAGCGAUCGAACUCUUGGAUGCAACUGCAGAUAAAAAAAUUGAAGAGAAAACAGAAAAACUGAAAUUAAAAGAUUAAAUAUAAGUAUUAACAAUGACAUUCCAUAAUUUGAGGUCAAAUUAAUUUCAUUAAAUAC